UUUGACGAACAUGCUGAAAUCAAAGUUACGUUCUGUAAGAGGAAUAUCGCAGAUACCUCGAUGUAUUUUAAGUAACAAUCUUAAUAGGAGUUUAUCUACAAAGCAUUUCUCUAAACAUGGUUGUAUGCUCCAAACAGCAGCAAAGAGCAGUAAUAUAGUCUUGGGACCGGCAUAUUGUCCUUUGGCAUUAGAGCAGUGUAAAGUUAGUCUCCCAUACAUAGCCACUCGUGGCCUGCAUUUGAGUCAUAAGGAUCAUGACAUCGUGGAUUUGUUGGAACAAGGAUGUGAGCCUUUGCCAUCAGAUUUAGGCCUUUGUACAUUCACGCCAAGGGGGGCUUACUUAUACCUUCUAGAAACUCUACAUGAAUCUCUAGCAAUUGACUGGCAGUUAUCUAUAUUACUUAGUUCUGUUCUUAUCAGACUGGCAGUAAUACCCCUAACAAUGAAGAGUCAAAAAAAGAUAGACAGGAAAAAUAAAUUUACAGCUGGGAUCUGUCUUAACAGUAUCCUAAGUAAAGAAAUGAAGAAAAAAGCAGAAAAGGAGGAAGAUAAAAAUUAUCAAGAUUUACAGAAGUUACAUAACAGUAUUUUGAACAACUUAAUCUUCAAUCGCAGAUUCGUACUUUCAAAAUUACAGGAAUAUCUUCCACAGAUAGUGGCAACCUUGAUUUUUAUGGACAGCAUUUUUAAUUUAGAGUCCCUAGUGGGUAGAACCUACAUAAGUCCACCAGAUGGGGCAAACUACCAUUUUUCGAUAUUUUUGAUGUUCAUCCUGACGAUGUCUCCCAUUGUAAUCCGCUGUCUACAACCAGGAAAUGAAAAAUCAAUCACUGUGGCAUUUAUUAUUGGCCUCGUAUGGCUUUCCUUGAUAGAUUCCAUGUCUAUGAAACUUAGGUUGUUCUUACUCCCAAUGUUCUCAGUGUCAGCUGUGCUGAAGAUACUUAAAAAUUAUAAAUCCUGAGGAGUAUUAAAUCAUGAUUUUCCUGAAGUUAGGACACAUACACACAUACAGUGACAGAAGGAUGUGAAAUAUUCCAAGUUGUGAAACACUUCAGGGGCAGUGUGCAGAAACUCUUUCAUCCAUUCCCUGCAUGGAGCAGAAAUAUUUAUCACCUGAGCAAAGAGACAAAGACUAUCUUGUUCUCAAACUAAAGGGGUGGUCUAUUCGCCUGGCCUAUGGAGUAAAUUAACAGAUAUGUAUAUGAUUCUUUUUUGAAACAAAAAAAAGUUUUCAACAUUGUGCAAUAAAAAAGUUCAAGGUUCUAAACCAAAUGGAAAUUGUAUAUCUACCAGCUAUGUUCAUUAUCUUUGCAAUUGUUGCAACAAAGUUUGAGAACUGUACUUCUUUUUUCAUUUUUCUUAGUUAAAGCGGCAAUACGGCUGGAAAUCGUGUGCUUUUUCAUUCAAAUUUACCCAAUAUAUCAUUCAGGAAUAAGGUAAAAAGUUGAAGUAAGCAUUUUGAGAAAAAAUAAAUAUUCUCUCCUCAUACAAAAUUAACGCAAUUAGAAUCUGCUGGAAAAUCAAGGGUCGCACAACUUAGAUCUGUUUACUUGUACCACGUGAAUUCUAAAAUGUAGGGUGUACAAUUAUAAUAAAAUAUUAGGUAAAAGCAAUUCUCAGAAUCAAAAUAUCUUAACUCUCGGGUAAAUUAAUAAUAGUUAACAUUUUAUUCUGCAUUCAGACGAAUUUAACAUGAUUAAGUGCAAAUGUUGACGUUUUAUGUAUUGGGGUGCAGGAAAGGAAAAUCCACCAAAUCAUACAUCAUCGCAGCAAAAUGUCAAACAAAUAUCUUUCUGCAGUUCCAAUACAAUUUGCACUUCAAAUGGCAAUAAUUUUUAUAUGUCAUAAGUGCAUUUUUAUGCUGAGUUUACACUGAUUUUUUUCUUUGAAAGCCAUGGAGAUACUAGUACGAGAAAUGAUAGCAUGUAUCAACAAACCUGUAGUGUAGAACCUUCGCGAGCCCUAUGUGAAUGUCGCCGAGAUCCCGUUUCUUCUUCAUCAAAUGAUUAUAUUAAUCUCCCAACUAAAUUUUUGUCAGGAAAGUUGCUUUUUAAUUUCAAGCCCUAUUUUUGGUUUUGUUUUUCAUUUUGGUCGACCUUGUCAAUGUAGCAGGCCUACCGAGCUUCCCUCUCUUACCAUGCUGUUUUGUUUAUGAAAACUAUACGCAUGCGUGUGUAGCAUGGAAUGUGGAAACUUGAACACGUUGGAUGUAUAUAUUUAUGUACCAUCAGAAUUAUUUACUUAUGAAAUUUGUAAUUUUCUGAAAGUGUAUACAUUUAAGAGUUUGAAAAAAAUUCCAAAUCCUAUAGGAAAAUUUUAACAAGUCUGUUUUUGAAGAGAUGCGCCGUAUUGUCACUUUAAAUGUAUCGAACUGAAUAAAAAUAUACAAUUACUCUGACGGGUGACCAUGAGGGUCUCUGAGCUUGUUGUUUUUCUACAUGAUUUUAAUAAAAAUUUAUUGAAAAUUGA